AUGGGCACGUGGGUAUCAGCAAAUGGUCAUGAAGGGGUGUGGCGACUGAGAAAGAGGAGACAGGUGAAAUCUCGUAGAUUUUUUAGUGGGGUAGCAGUGUUUAAAGGAAUAAAAAAAGGGAGUUGUAUUGUUUGUUUUUUCAUUUCUCCUCUCCCGCCUGUUUUUCCCCAGCAAGGGUAAAAAAACAAUCUCGUGUGGACUUAGUUUUUAUAACCUUUUCGUAUAGGACAUGUACAAAAUGGAAGAAAAGGCGCAGUCUGAGGACAAAUAGUUUUUUGCCGAAUAUCCAAAAAUAAGCCUGGCAAAGCUCCUUCUGAUUUAUUUCUGGUUGCUUGACGUUACCAGGGAAAAGACUGCCAGAAUGAUCUCAAUGAAUGUAAAUUUUGUGUGCCAGGGUCUUCUGGCAUUUAGAAGAUGUAUGCUUCCUGGAUAUAGACCAGACCAGAUUCCAUUUAUCCCCUUUGGCGGAACAGCAGUAAUCAAGUGUAAUGAGAGCAAAUUUAAUCACAAAGCUACAAAGAGAAAUAUGGUCAAACAAAAGCUUGGCAUAAUCGGUAUCCUUGGAUUUAAGUAUAAACAAGAGCUCUUGGUAUAGAGUAUCCUGAUGCAGCAUUACACAAUGUCAGUUACAUACCAAAGAAUAAUUACUUAUAACAUUUAAAUACACAAAUUCAAACGACAUUUCGAAAUGCUCAUACAGCAAUGGCAAAAGAGUUAAAUUAACAGAACUGGGGGCAUUAAAUAAAUUUAAUCGUUGAUGUCGUAAGUUUGUAUAUCCCUGAAAAACUUUACAAAGAAAGAACGGGAAAAAAAACCCUAUUUUACACGUGCCAAAAUAGCCAUUUUGUAGUGCACUAUAAUUCGAAACAAGAACUUAAUUAAUUAAAUCAUUUUCCUUUUCCCAUUUUCUUUCCUGCACUUAAAAAAAUAGUCAAGACCUCUGAGAGUCAUGAUCUUUGAACUUUAAUGUGGCCAAUUAAAGAAUAGAAGAUCUCAAAGCAAAUCAUGGUCAACGAACUCCCAAGCAAGCUAACAUAAAUGAUUUGAAGGUUUUGGCAUAAUAAGUGUACAGUCUUUUUAUUUUCUCAUAACAGUACAAUAGAGCACGUCGUGCACCAGAUUCAUGGGUCUUUGGUGUGAUCAACACCGCAACGCUAUUGCCGAUUUUGGAGAGGUGUCUCCAACCUAGAAGUGCGGUAUACACCAACGACUGGGGAGCGUACAACAAUCUUGAAUGCCACUUUCCUAAUCAUGUCGCCCAUCAUCACACUGUUGUCCACCGUGAAAAACUUUGUUGAUCCAGCUACUGGAGUCCACACACAGGAAGCGCAGUCUGCCUGGGCGAACCUGAACUUGCCAAUCAAAGGUCGAAGGGGGAUGAAGUGUCAUGACUUACAGUUGUAUUUGAAUGACAGAAUGUGGAGACACUGGAGAGGGCUAGAUAAUAUUGCCAAUUUUCUACCUGUUCUAGCUUCACAGUAUAGGGACUAUUCAGUGUGACUAGGGCAGUCGAAUUUGAAUAUAGUAAAAUUCAGUACAUAAGAACCUAGUUUUUCUGAAGUCAUUAGGCUAAGAUUGUCCAUUUAGACCCCUUUACAUAAGAACCUGUCUUUGAAUGACAAUACCAAUACCAUAUGCCAAAAGAACACAAGUGUACACUAAGUUGUCUAAGUCAAAUGUGAAUGUCUUGUAGGCAGUGACAAACACAAAAUUUUGAAACCUAUUCAACAACCUGCGUAAGCCCAAUUUUCCAGUAAGCUCCGUUUGUAUAAGAACCUUCUUAGCCUACCUUGGAGAAACUCUCACUCUUAUACACGGGUUUUUACUGAGGUUAAGACCAAAAAAUUGGCUCCAGGAUUUCACUGCACGCACUAAGGGCUGUUUCAAACUGGUCGAGCUACUGCUGUGCCGAAAGUAGUUUGAUUUAAGUGAUCAAAUGAAAGUAGACUUCAGCAGGACUUAAUUUCAAACGUUGCUCUUCUACCAUAAUGAACUCAAUUCAUAUACACCUAUUUUUUAAAAGGUAGUCUUAUAUUCUGCAUUUUAAUGACCAAAUCCCAAAGCAACCUUCAUUGAAAUAGGUGAACAUGUAUAAGAAUAUCGAAAUUUUAACAUCUGAAUAACCCACAUUUGAUAUAUCAAAAUUGUAACAUGACUCAGAGGCUAAAGGGACAACAUUGCAAAUUUUUUACGACUCUUUCGUCUUGCAAUUGCCAGAUGAAGCUUAAGAACAAAGGACAAAGGUGGGUAAAAGUGGAAAAGAGUUCUUCUAAAAGUCUAUCGGCCAACUAGAGAAUACCAACGAUUAACCGACAGAUGCUGAUGAAAAGCCAGGUGCAAAUGUCAGUCCCCCAAAAAGGGUCUUGCUACCGUGGACAAACAAGUAAGACAAGAAUAAAACUAUAUUACAAUUCUGGAGGAGACACAAAGGAGCCUCAUUGCCCAUGCACUAUUGGUAACAGAUCUUGUACUUUAUUCUGUAAAUGCUUUAACUGUGGCAAACGACCACCUAGAAACAACCAUAUUGACAACCAAUCUUCUUGUCGCUGUGGAGCCAACAAUAAAAGCGAUGGAGAAGAAGUCAAAAGUUGCACUGACACCACAGGUAAAAGACGAACAAAAUGCAACUGUCAUAUAGAAAGUGGCCAUGUACCAAUAACUGCCGUUGUCAUGGGUGCAGCAAUGAGUAUGGAAGAAGAUAAGCCAGCAAUGUUUCCCCAAUGCAAAAAAGAAACAUUAAAUGCACCUUAAGCCCAUCAAGUUUACAAAGGAAGAGAACUCACAAAUUUCUUACACAGAACGACUUCGAAAUUAAGCAAGGGUCUUGGACAAGGGAGGAGACAUAUUUAAUAGAAGCAGUAAUGUCAUUUUUAAGUUCAGCAAGUAUUGUGCUGUCGGAUGAAAACGUGACAAAGAUGUACAGUUUUGUUUGCACUUGUGCCUUCGCAUGUACAGCAAAUUGUAAGUCAGAAGGGCAGAUAAAAGCAAAGGCAUCCUGUGUUAAGAAUAGGCAACAUGCACCUCAAGAAUUUCUGUAUGAGAUUGCUGCGCUGGAUUCCCAAUUUUGACCCAGUGCCUAACUUGCAUUCAUAAAUAGUGACAAUUUUAAUAAGAUUUCCUUUGUACAACCCAAAAUUUGUUGUCCGUUACUAAAAAGGAGGAGAAAUGAGUGUGUCACAUGACCUUUUAUUGCAGUUUUCUUACACAAAAAAAGGUAAAAAAGGGCGGCUGAGGUGACAAAAUGUAAUAAGUAUUUGUAAUGCUCCCCUAUAAAGAACCUUUUAUGAAUGACUGACUGCGAUAGAAGUGUAGUUUCUGAAAUCAAGUUAGCUGAUGUUUAUAUUCAAAUUUCAUCUAUCUUUUAUUCAUAACCAUAGAACCUGUGCAUGCAGGGUAAGAAUUGGUCUCAGGAAGUUAAGUAGAACAGCACAGUUUUCACUAUACGUUAGAUUAGAUCAGUUUUCAUGGUGAAAGAUUACGUAUGCCGAUCACAGCUCGGUAACUAACCUUUAACACAAAUUUCUGCAGAUAAUGAAAGGUUUAGAUGUCAUUGGUAGGACCCACUUUCUCAGGGCAUUGGGGCUACCCAAACAUUUUUUACCAGAUUCUUUAAAGCGAAUUGCUCAAGGAAUUCAAGCUUCAGACAAAUGUGAAGGUAGAUUCAUAAUAAUCACGCAAUUAAGUAAAUUAAAGGCAGGUUGAAACUACAGAGAUGACUAAUCAGUCAUUGAGUGAAUAUACAUUACCGCACUUUAAUUUACACAGCAUUACGCAGUCUUUAUGCAGGACCUCUCCCCCUCCCCCAAACCCACCAUAGUUCACUUGUGGAAAUAAUUUUGUUGGCAAAUUCGAAUUGGGUGUGGGAAAAUGUUAGAAAAUGUUAGGGUAUGCCAAAGCGUCGUGCAAAGAAGUUGAAUAUAGCAACAUCAACUGAAGCACUUCCAGUACAUGUGCGGGAAACACAUUCAUAAAUUACCAUGAAUGUGUUAUGUGCUCGUAUUUUGGCGUGAUCAAACAAAAAGACUGGGCUAGUGGACAUGACUGGAAAUCUGUCUCAAUAAACUUGCCAUGUACAGUGCAUGGGAUGUGUGUGACGCCUGCAGUCAACAGGUCUGUAUUAAGCAGUCAUGGUCACCUGUUAAUAUUGAGUCCCAAAGAGUGUGUUUUUCUUAUUUGAAGUUGCAUUGCACUGGUCACUUCACGAACUAGAAAUGCUCAUUUAUUUUAACAUAAAGUUAAAUUCACCACGCCAUUAAGUAGUCAUUUAGCCACUACCCAAGCAUUAAAUACAAUUUUGACCGAGUCCCUCCUCUCUCAACUAUAAUCUUUUGUUUUCACUUGAGAGGGCACAACCAUUGUUACUAUCAGCCGGGAAUCCUAAGGCAACCUUGAAACAGGGAGUUUCCUCGCAGUUCAUGUCACCAAAGUUUACCAAAAGAUUUCAAGUCUCAGCACGACUAGCGAGCUUGGUUUACUCGUCAUUCAAAGACACCUUUACAUGAAAAACCUCAGUUAAUAACGGUAUCGUAAAAUGCAGUUCCAUCUCUGCGAAACUGUUUUUGGGAAGGUUUCCACCAUGAUAUUACUUACAUUUACAUUUGCAAGUUAAUGGAAUAACAGUGACUGGGGAUGAGCCAUUUCACGCUUUCAAACAAGAACUUAAUUAAUUAAAUCAUUUUUCCGUUGCCUUUUUCUUUACUGCAAUUAAAAAAAUAGUCACAAUCUUAGAACGUUAAUGUGGCCAAUUAAGGAAUAGAAGAUCUCAAAGCAAAUCAUGGUCAACAAGCUCCCAAGCAAGGUAAAGAUAAUUGCUUUGAAAGUUUUGGAAUAAUAAGCGUACAGUCUUUUUAUUUUCUCAUAACAGUACAAUAGAGGGCGUUGUGCACCAGAUUCAUGGAUCUUUGGUGUGAUCAACACUGUGACGGUAUUGCCAAUUUUGGAGAGGUGUCUCCAUCCUGGAAGCGCCAUAUACAACGACGACUGAGGAGCGUACAACAAUGAUGUCGCCCAUCAUCACAUUGUUGUCCACCGUAACAACUUUGUUGAUCAAGCUACUGGAGUCCACACACAGGAAGCGGAAUCUGCCUGGGAGAACCUCAAGUUGCCAAUCAAAGGUCGAAGGGGGAUUGAGCGUCGUGAUUUCCAGUCGCAUUUGAAUGACAGAAUGUGGAGACAC